UAUUGCGAAACAAAAAGAACAGAAGAAUCAUUCAUUAAAAAAUUACGAUAAUUGUAGUUUAGGUUUUGAAAGAAAACAAUCCAAAUCUCAUUAAAUCUUUGAUAACCGAACGGAAACUUUUAAGAAGAAUAGGAAAUUAAUCACGAAGUAUUUAUCAAUGUGCAUAAUCAGCUUAAAAAAGCUAUUACUUUUUUAACUAUAGAUUGUGAAUUCUCUUUCUAGUUCUAUUAAUUUUUCUUUUUGAAGUGAGCACAUAGGAUACGACGUCAAAAUGCCAAAAGGAAAACGAAAAGGUGUCCCUAGUGUGCCGAAUGCCAGAAACGAUGGGCAGUCUUCUGUUUCAACUAGAGCCGCGCCUAGUCCCAGAAAAAAUGUAAUUACAGAUAGCGAAAACUUGGAAAAUAUCCCUAUUCCUAGUGCAUUUGCUGAAGCAUCUAAUUCCAUAUUUUCUGAUACUUUAAGCGAUGAAGAUAUCAAAAUCGAUUGUACUGACAGGAUGUUAAUUACUGCUGGCCUUCCAGCAAAACAGGCUCCCGGUAAAUUAGGAAGAAAGAUAAAAUUGAUUUCUAAUUUGUUCUCUAUUUCACUUUUACCUGAUGGAAAUAUAUAUCACUACGAUGUAAAGAUAAUAAAUCUUACACCAGAUACAAGCAAGCCAGAAGAUCCAAAUUGUAAAAGAUAUAGUUGUAUGAAUACUCGAAUUAAUCGGGAAAUUAUAGAUCAAAUGUUGAAAACCAAUGUUCAUUUCCAAAAUUCGUAUGCUGUUUACGAUGGCAAUAGCAAUCUAUACACUCCAUCACCUUUACAUCUAGUAUUUCCGUAUGAAAGUGGUAUAAUUAGCAUUGAAAACGAAAAUAAGAAUCCGAAAAAAGUUAAGGUUUUUAAAGUCCAGAUUAAACCAGUUGAAAAGAAAAAUGGUCAUGGCAUGAAAACAAACGACUGCACCAUUAAAUUGGUAAUUUUGCAUGAGCUAUUUAGUGGUAGAAUGCGAGACAUUGACGACAUUCAGGAAGCAGUGAUGGCUGUUGAGACAAUAUUUCGACAUUCGCCUGCGCUGAAAUACACUCCAAUAGGGCGUAACUUUUUCCACCCUCAUAUUAACGGAGUGGAACCUCUUAAUGGAGGCACAGAAAUAUGGUUCGGUUAUCAUCAAAGUGCACGUUUGGGGCAAUGGAAUCUCAUGAUAAACUUAAAUACAAGCGCUACAACGUUUUUUCAAAAACAAUCUUUGAUGGACUAUGUUGCAAAGUCUCUCAAAAGUCAUAAACAGGCAUUGUCGUGUUUCAUCAAUAAGGAUGAAAAUACCAUAAAACGAUUGAGCAGUGAGUUAAAAAAUGUAAAAAUCGAAACGUAUCAUCAAAGAUCAGUUCCUAAAAUGACGUAUCGUAUUGCCAGAAUCGUCAAAGAAAACUCCAGGGAAUUAAAAUUCAAAAUGGGAACAAGUAAUGUGACAGUUGUCGAAUACUUCCUUAAAAAAUACAGAAAAGAAUUGAAAUAUCCUCAUUUACCAUGCGUUCAAGUCAAACCAGAAGAUAAAAGAAGUUAUAUUCCAAUUGAGCUAUGUCAUAUACCUGAAGGACAACACUGCCGAAAAGAGCUGACAGAUGAUGAUAAACGAGAAAUGAUUAAAUAUACAGCAGAUCCUCCGAGUAAGAAAUUUAAUCAAAUACUGGACCUAAGGAAUAAACAGGCUAAUUACGAUAACGAUGAAUAUUUGAAGAACUUUGGAAUUGAAGUAGAACAUGAACCCAUACAUUUGCCUGGACGUGUAAUUGAAGCUCCGAAUCUAAAUUACAAAUCUGGUAAAAUACAGCCAAAAAAUGGAACUUGGAACAUUAAGCAUUUAAAAUUCUACAUCGGAUCCAAAAUUGCUUCUUGGAUUUUAUUAAGUCUCGCUUCUGAAGAUGAUUGCGAAUACGAAAAUUUAGGAUACUUCUCAAACCAAUUGCAGAAAAUCGGUAAUGCUGCUGGUCUGGUGAUAAACGGACCUGUUGACACGAAAAUUAUUCAAGGAUCUGAUAUUCAGGAACUACUAAAGAAUGUUAAGAAGGAGUUUAUUGGUGUCCAACGCAAUCUGAUCCAAUUUAUUGUUGUAGUCAUUCCCUAUAAAAGCAAAAUUUUAUAUAGGAACGUGAAACAAAUAGCUGAAGUUGAGCUUGGCCUCUUGACUCAGUGCAUCGAUCAUAAGAAUGUAUUAAAAUGCAAUCCUUCAUUGCUAAGCAAUUUGUGUCAAAAAAUCAAUGCUAAAAUGGGAGGCAUUAAUCACACUUUAACGCAAGGAGAAAUUCCCAAAAUAAUGGAGAAACCAGUGAUUGUAAUAGGUGCUGAUGUAUCGCAUGCUCCUGUCACUGACAGAAGCGGGAUAUCUGUAGCAGCCGUCGCAGGGGGUCUUGACAUGAAAUUGUCACGUUUUGCUGUCGUGUGUAAACUUCAAAAAAAUCCUAAGGCCAGUAAGAAGUCUGUUGAAAUUAUUCUUGAGUUAAAGGACAUGGUGAAAGCAUUGUUAAAGGCCUUUUAUAAUCAUACGAUGGGGAAAAAACCAGAGAAAAUAAUUUUUUAUAGAGAUGGAGUGAGUGACGGUCACUUUCAAAAAGUCAAAGAAGAAGAAAUAAUGGCCGUGCGACGAGCAUGUAUUGAGUUGCAAAAUGAUUAUCAACCAGCUAUUACGUUCGUCAUUGUGCAAAAACGGCAUCACGUCCGGUUUAGACCAGAAGAUUUCAGGGAUGGAGUCAGACCAGAAGGAAAUGUACCUCCAGGGACAGUUGUGGAUACUGAUAUUGUACACCCAGUACACAGAGAUUUCUAUCUUUGUAGUCACUUAGGAUUGAAAGGAACCAGCAGACCUGCUCAUUAUACAGUGUUGGAAGAUGACAAUGAAUUUUCAGCUGACGAUCUUCAAAAGUUAACGUAUUAUUUAUGCAACAUUUCAUUCCGUUGUUCCAAAAGCAUAUCCAUACCAGUACCUGUCGCGUAUGCUGAUUUGGCCGCUUAUCGCACGCGGUUGCGUCUGUUUAUUUUGCCUGAAGAUCAGAAAGAAAAGCAGAUAGAGAGCAAUGAAAUAUUGCAAGAAACGAUGGACGCAACUCAACUUGUUGAUUCGAUCAAGAAUUCUAUGUAUUUUGUGUAAAAUUAUUUCUAGAUUAGCCAUGAAUUGUCUACAAAUUUAUAUCUAUUAGUGUCUAUAAUUAUUACACUUUUGUUUGAAUUGUGUUAAUUAAGUUCUGAUUUUUUAAGUAUUUGCUUUAAAAUUAUGGUCCUGUUUCUAAUUGUUGUAUUGUUCAUUAAUUUGUUAUAUUAACGUAAUCUUGUGUUAAAUUAAAAAACAGAUUUUUGAGUGAAAAUUAUUGUCCUGUUGCUAGAUUGUCCAUGAAUUAUUUAUAGAUUUAUAACUAUGAGUAUCUAUAACGCCAUUAUUUUUGUGUGACUUUAGUUUUAUGUUAAUUGAUUUCAGAAUUCUGUAAAUUUGUGUUAAAGUUACUGCUCUUUUAAUAAAUUACUGCAUUAUCCAUGAA